CCUGCCCCAUCGUCCACCCGUUUAACCUUAGAUCAUGGAGGCUUUUCAACUGCUCUCUCGUGGAGGGGUGAAGUUUGACAAAACUCGGUUCAAAGACGACGUUCGGUUGUUUAAUAAAGAGAAGGGGAAUUCGGCCAAAAGGAAGGAAGCAGUUAAAUAUGACAGUGGCGAACUCCCUGCCGAGCUUGACUUCUUCAAGUACGCAAAGGGCGGCCCGGCCGUCAAACGGAAAGCUGGUGAAAACGCGGAGGCACAUGACGGAAAGCGGAGAAGAGUGGACGAGGACGAGGAGGACGAGGAUGAUGAGGAGGAUGAACUAGGACGAGAAGGAAGUGACGCAGAAUCUUCAAGUGCUCAACCUACCCAACGACACCGUGUAACGGCCAAAGGAUCCAAUGUUCCUGGGCCGGCCGAUUCUUUUGAGGCGCUGAAGGAGCGAUACCACCUCUCCUCCCGUCUCCUAACAAAUCUCGCCUCGAAUGGCUUCAAGCAUCCCACAGGUAUCCAGUCGCACGGCGUGCCUAUUCUGCUGGAGGGCCGUGAUCUAGCUGCCAUAUCGCCGACAGGUACGGGAAAGACACUCGCGUACACCCUCCCGGUCCUGCAAGCCUUGGGCGCACCGGCGGCAAGUGCCAAGUCUACCGCUGGUGCAGGCGUCCGGGCCGUAAUCCUCGCGCCGACUAGAGAGCUUGCUCAUCAAAUACACAACGAGUUCCUACGUAUGGCAGAAGGUCGAAAAUGGCGGAUUGUCUUGUUCAGCAAGGCCACGGCUGCUACGCUAGCGGACAAGAAUGCGCGGGACAAAGUAGACGUGAUUAUAAGCACACCGUUGCGUUUGGUGGCGUCGUUACAAAAUGGUACACUGGACUUGAGCAACGUAAGACACCUUGUGCUGGAUGAGGCCGAUCGUAUGCUCGACACCGAAUUUUUAGAGCAAGUCCAGGAAGUUGUAGCGGCCUGCACGCAUCCAUCUAUCCAGAAGGCGGUCUUCAGUGCUACUCUACCUGCGGGAGCCGAGAAGCUCGCUAUGGAGAUGCUCAGGGACCCCAUACGUAUUGUCGUUGGUCUGAAAGAUACCCCCCUACCUCUUAUUGCACAGUCCCUAACCUACGUCGCCGACGAGUCGUCCAAACUCCCGACUCUGUUGACGUAUCUGUCUCAACCCUAUAAUCCCCCCGUCCUCAUAUUCGUAUCGUCUCAGCCCCGUGCAACCUCUUUAGCCGAAGAGUUAAUCAUCAACGGCGUGCCUAACGUAGACUGCCUGCAUGCGGGCAUGACGAAGAAGGAAAGGGAAGACGCGGUGACGCGUAUGCGGAGAGGCGAGAGCUGGGUGAUGGUCAGUACGGAGGUCAUGGCUCGCGGCAUGGACUUCAAGGGUGUCAGGGAAGUCAUCAACUACGACUUCCCCACCAGUGUCCAGAGCUAUAUCCAUAGGAUCGGACGGACUGGGCGCGCUGGUCGGGAGGGCAAGGCGGUGACGUACUUCACGAACGAAGACGCACCUUUCCUGAAAUCUAUCGCCAACGUUAUUCUGCAAUCUGGCUCUACUGUCCCCGAGUGGAUCAUGAAAUUGCCGAAGCCCUCGAAGAUGAAGCGGAAGGCAAUGGGCAAGGUCCAGAGGGGCGACUUCGUCGACAAGGCUCGGAAGAUCGGUAGGAACGAUGCGAUCAAAAAAAGGGAUAUGAUUGCUGGCUCGAAGCGUCGGAAAGAAAAGGCGGCGCGGAACGGCGAGUCAAGCGAGCAGUUGGAAAACCGGGGAGGGGACCGAUAA